CAAGAACCAAUCCACCAAUGAGAGCUUCCUUCCUUCCUUCCUUCCUCCCCUCAUCGUCUUCUCAACAACAAAGAAGAGAUCUGCUUCCUCCAUUUCUCCGCCGUAGCCAUAACUAACCGAUAAGCCAUGGGAGAAAACACUAACCGCUCCGAAGCCGAGCGCCUCCUCGGAAUCUCCGAAAAGCUCCUCGAAUCCCGAGAUCUAAACGGCUCAAAAGAGUUCGCCAUCCUAGCACAGGAGACCGAGCCUCUCCUCGAAGGCACGGAUCAAAUCCUCGCCGUCGUCGACGUCCUCCUCGCCUCCUCCUCGGAGAAUCGCAUCAACAGCAACCAGCCGAACUGGUACAAGAUCCUCCAGAUCGAGGACCCGAACCAGUCCCCCGCCGACUCCGAUCUGAUCAAGAAACAGUACCGCCGCCUCGCGCUCCUCCUCCACCCCGACAAGAACCGCCUCCCUUACGCCGACCAGGCGUUCCGCCUCGUGGCCGACGCGUGGGAGGUGCUGUCGACGGCGUCGAAGAAGUCGCAGUUCGAUCUCAUCUUCACAAAGGUGGAUCUGAAUCUGAAUAAGAAGAAGAGAGGCACGAGCGAGAGGAUGAGCACGUUUUGGACGGCGUGUCCUUACUGUUACGCGCUACACGAGUACCCUAGGGUUUAUCAGGAGUAUUGCAUUCGUUGCCAGAACUGCCAACGCGCGUUUCACGCCGCGAGUGUUCCUCAGUUGCCUCCUUUGGUGCCUGGGAGGGACGAGUAUUACUGCUGUUGGGGUUUUUUCCCGAUGGGGUUUGUCGGAGGUAAAGGAGAUGCGACCAAGUUUCCCGACUGGAUGCCUCCGGUGUUCGGUGGUGUUACUACUCCGACAGAGCCUGGUCCUAAUAAUGUUAACGGGGCGGGUUCGUCUCGUGGUGUGCCGAUUAGCUUUGAUGGGUGGUCGAGUGGUGGUUCGGGGAAGAGAGAUGGUGAGGCGGUGAGGAGUGAUAACGGUGGAGUUGGUUCUGAUGGGAUGCCGAAGAAGAGAGGAAGAGGAAGGCCUAAGAAGAAUGUGUGAUGGUGGAAGGUUUGGAGAAGAUGAAGAUUAGGAGGAGGAUUCAGUGUUUGUAGCUUUAUCACUUUUUUUCUUUUUUCUUCAUGUAAUUUUUAUGUUCUUAUAGCUUUAUUAUGCAUUUUGUUCUACUUCGGCAAUUUUUCUCUGUAACUUGUUGGCAAUCAAGCUACCUGUGUUUUUAUUAUCAUGUGCCUAUCGAAUUCGGCAUCUUCUUGUAUUAUAAUUUGCUUUGCAAGAUGGUCAGUUCUGUGGAAUGUUAGAAUCCCUUUGCAAGA